AGGUUGGCCGCGGGGUGGGGCGAGCGCAGGCGCGGUGCCGUUAUUGUUCCGCGGUGCCGCCGCCUGGCCUGGGCUGUCGCCGCCGCCAUCGCUAUCGCCAUGCCGAUUAACAAACCUGAGAAGCUGGACAAGCCGGAAAGCUGUGACAAUGUCAAGGUGGUUGUUCGCUGCCGGCCUCUCAAUGACCGGGAGAAAGCCACCGGCUACAAGAUGGCAGUGAAUGUGGAUGAGAUGAGGGGAACUAUAACUGUUCAUAAAACAGACUCAUCCAAUGAGCCUCCUAAGACAUUCACAUUUGACACAGUGUUUGGACCAGAGAGUAAACAGCUGGAUGUCUACAAUUUAACAGCAAGACCUAUUAUAGAUUCUGUCCUAGAGGGAUACAAUGGUACUAUUUUUGCAUAUGGGCAGACUGGAACUGGCAAAACCUUCACCAUGGAAGGGGUCCGAGCAGUUCCUGAGCUCAGAGGCAUCAUUCCCAAUUCCUUUGCCCAUAUAUUUGGUCACAUUGCCAAGGCAGAGGGGGAUACAAGGUUUUUAGUUCGUGUCUCUUACCUGGAAAUUUACAAUGAGGAAGUGCGGGACCUGCUGGGAAAGGACCAGACACAGAGGUUAGAGGUGAAAGAGAGACCUGAUGUGGGAGUUUAUAUCAAAGACCUUUCAGCUUAUGUUGUAAACAAUGCAGAUGAUAUGGACAGAAUCAUGACUCUGGGCCACAAGAACCGUUCUGUUGGUGCCACAAACAUGAAUGAGCACAGCUCUCGCUCACAUGCCAUCUUCACUAUCACCAUUGAGUGCAGUGAGAAGGGGGUAGAUGGGAACAUGCAUGUGCGCAUGGGCAAGCUGCACCUCGUUGACCUUGCUGGUUCUGAAAGACAGACAAAAACUGGAGCCACGGGGCAGAGACUGAAGGAAGCCACUAAGAUCAACCUCUCUCUCUCCACACUGGGCAAUGUUAUCUCUGCACUGGUGGAUGGCAAGAGCACCCACGUGCCCUACCGUAACUCCAAACUCACACGGCUGCUGCAGGACUCCCUGGGGGGCAAUUCCAAAACCAUGAUGUGUGCAAACAUUGGACCAGCAGACUACAACUACGAUGAGACCAUCAGCACUCUCAGGUAUGCAAACAGAGCUAAGAACAUAAAGAACAAGGCCCGGAUUAAUGAGGAUCCCAAGGAUGCUAUGCUCCGCCAGUUCCAAAAAGAAAUUGAAGAGCUUAAGAAAAAACUGGAAGAAGGGGAAGAGAUCUCUGGUUCUGAAACCAGCGAUUCUGAAGAGGAGGAUGAAGAUGGGGAGAUUGGAGAGGAGAAGCGGAAGAAGCGGCGGGGCAGUAGCAGCAGCAGUAGUUCAGACUCCACAUGCUCUGUCAUAGAGAAACCUCUGGAUAAGUCCUUCACUAAUCAAGCAGGCAAAAAGAAAGUUUCCCCUGAUAAGAUGGUAGAGAUGCAAGCAAAAAUUGAAGAGGAGAGAAAAGCUCUUGAAACUAAACUUGAUAUGGAAGAAGAAGAAAGAAAUAAAGCCAGAGCUGAACUGGAGAAGAGAGAAAAAGACUUGCUCAAAGCUCAGCAAGAGCACCAGUCCCUGUUGGAGAAACUGUCUGCAUUAGAGAAAAAAGUGAUUGUGGGAGGAGUAGACUUGCUGGCAAAAGCAGAGGAGCAAGAGAAGCUUCUAGAAGAAUCAAACAUGGAACUGGAAGAACGAAGAAAGAGAGCAGAGCAGCUUCGCAAGGAGCUCGAGGAGAAGGAGCAAGAGCGCUUGGACAUCGAGGAGAAAUACACCAGCCUCCAGGAGGAAGCGCAGGGGAAAACCAAAAAACUGAAGAAAGUUUGGACCAUGCUUAUGGCUGCAAAGUCAGAGAUGGCAGAUCUACAACAAGAGCAUCAGAGAGAGAUUGAGGGGUUGCUCGAAAACAUUCGGCAGCUGAGCAGGGAGCUUCGUCUUCAGAUUCUCAUCAUAGACAAUUUCAUUCCUCAGGACUACCAGGAAAUGAUUGAGAACUAUGUUCACUGGAAUGAAGACAUAGGAGAGUGGCAGCUGAAAUGUGUUGCAUAUACAGGAAACAAUAUGAGGAAACAGACACCUGUCCUGGAUAAAAAAGAGAAAGAUCCCUUUGAAGUGGACCUUUCCCAUGUUUACUUAGCUUACACCGAAGAAAGCUUGAGGCAAUCUCUGAUGAAGCUGGAGAGGCCAAGGACUUCAAAAGGAAGAUCCAGGCCCAAGACUGGUAGAAGAAAACGUUCGGCCAAGCCAGGAGCUGUCAUUGAUUCCCUGCUGCAGUAGUGUGACCUGGUCAGAAUUCCUGUAAAAAUCAGUGAGUGUAUAAGGUUUGGCCAGAAUAUGGAAUUCAAGAGAUGGCACAGUUUGACGUAGCUAUAAUUUUUUAUUUAAAAAAAAGUAUUUUUCCUUAGUUGCCUGUAUAUUGUAUGUUAUAUUAACAUAAUAUUAAACUGGUAUAUAUGAUUGAUGGUUGUGAAAUUCCACAUAUUAAAUGUGUUGUGCAGGGAAACUUGUUGGUAAUCCUUGUUGAAAUGUAUAGAAAAUAGGGUUCUAGAUGUGUGUUUAAGUGCUGAAUGUGUUAGUUCAAAACAGUUAAUGAAAUCCUGAAAUUAAGGCUGGUAAAUCUGACGUAUGCCCUGCUUUGCACAUAACUGGCAGCUUUCACUGUUGUCCUCUGUUGCACUGAUCUGUGUUUGAAUGCAGUUGCUGCAAACCUUUAAGAGCAUCAAAUCUUUUUAUUUAAAAUUCCUGACUGUGGCUGUUAACCCGAUCGUGUUGUGUGUCAAAUACACAGUCCUUUUCCCUUUUUGCUGUCUUGCUGUACAGGGAAGGUAGCUGGGUAGGAAAAACAUGAACCACAAAAGUCUUGAGAUUUCUGAAAAGGGACCAUGCUCCGUUUAAGUGCAGCAGAAAUCAAGGAUGUCGAAUAGUUCUUUUAUUUUUAUCUGUUUGUGAUCUGCUGGCACUGUGGAGGAUGAGACCUUGGAGGUUAAGGGAAAAUAGAGCUUUUUUCCUUCUUUUGAGUUUUUUGUUGAGUGUUAUUUUGGCAGGUUUUUAUGUUUCAGGGCUACAAUUUUUGUGUGAGUAGUUUUGUAAUCUGAACUGGCUUAGCUGAGAUGAUCUAAGGAGGAUGCCAUAACACCAGGACUUAGUGUUGGCUGUGGGCCUGUGAGCACUAUGGCUCUCUUUCCUCAUCCCUGGCUACAAGGCACUGGGCCUCUGCUCUACACUGAGGAUGGAUUUGACUCUCCUUUAGUAAAACAGUAUGACUUGCCCAGUUUUCCCAGAACAAUAUCUCCUGACAUAGCUGGUGCUGUCUGUGUUCCUGUGUAUACUGUGUGCAUCUCUGGCUAUGCUCUGAUGAGAGGAAAAAUUUUUAGUCUCUGAUAACAGCCAUUUAUUUGUGAUGGCUGCUCUUUUUAUUUGAUAUUUAUGCUGCUAAUAGACACAUAUCACUUUAAUAUGUUGCUUUUGUGUCGCAGAGAAAAUGCAUCUCCUUCAGACUGUGUGUGUUUUAUAACUCAUCACAUCAGCUGUGGGUAUCUCAGCAACUCCUGUGCCAGGGUGGAGGGAUGAGCUGUGACCUCAUCCUACUGUUACUGUUACCUGGAGGAUUAAAAGAUGUGAUUACUGAUGGGAGAAAUGGAGUCCUUCAGUGUGACAGAAAACAAGAUUGCUCCUCAGGUGUCCUGAGCCCUUGCUAGUAGCACAUCUGCUUUUACCAGAAUGUUCCUUUGAAGUACUUAAAGAAGUUAAAUGCCCUUUUUUCCUGUCAUGAUGGUUAUCUGGAGGUACCUUGGAGUCUCUAACACAUCUGCAACAGGAUCUGUAAUAGUUAAAACUGGUCUUGUAAGGACAUAUUUUGCUCUGAGGGAUAUAUUCAGUGCUAUUCUAAACAAGUUGUAAGGUUUUUCCUAGUGUUUUUAAUGGUUUUUUUUCCAAGAUCAUGACCUGGAAGAACAUGCUGCCCUCUCUAUUGGGGGGAGUGUCACCUAAAUUCAUACAACACAGAUACAAACACUGGCAUUUGUUUUUUCUAGCCUAGCAUUUAGAGAUAAAUGCUCAGAAACGUUCUUGAUUGAAGCUGUAGUUGGUUUUGCUUGUGAAGAGCUGAUCUUACUUGAAAUGUGCUUGAAUAGUGCUGGAUUAUCUCUUACUAUAUACUUCUCAUCAAAAAAUAUAGACUGAAAAUGGCUGAAAUGCUGCUUAAGGUCUUUCAGUUCUGAGUCCAAGCAGAUGGAUGCAUAGCUGUGGCCUGUACUAAUUCUCAGAACCAGGGAUAAUUUCCGUUUCCUUUUUGUGUUACAUCUUGUGCUAACAUUUUUUGAAUGAUCUGGUUUUAUGGGAGUUAAGCCAGUUCUGUGCUUUCAAAAAGAACAUUGAAAAUCCUUUUACUUGACAGGUAUCAAUCACUUCAAGAUACUACAGCAAAACAUGACACUCCAUUUAAGAUAUUUAAAUAUUUAAAAUACUUAAAACGUAAAGGCAUAUGAUUUACAAUUAACAUAACAGUCCUUCUCCUGAAAACCAUUGUACUUUGCAUGUUUAAGUGAACCUUGGAGCAGGGCAAAACAAUAAAUAAUUGCUUUUACAACUUUAAUUGGCAGAGUGCAGAAACCAGUCAUCUACUGUUACAGAGGCUUGGAGGACGAAUUGUUUGCUCUAUAAGAGGUCAUGUGCCAUGUCAGUUUUGCUCGCCUGUUAAGUGGUGUGUUUUUUGAAGUUCUGUGAAGUUUCUUGUAAAACCAGGGAGUUUGGCUUGUAGAUUUACCACAUGGGCCCUGUCUAUAGUCCUGACCAUCUGUGAAUGUCUAAUGGGCCCAUAAUGUGUUUUAAUAAAGAAAGGAUUUGAUUUAUAUGGACUUUUAAGAGCUUAAUACAACCUUUCUUGUUGCAGGUCAGUAUGUGCUCUAUAGUAUUUAUCAAAACUCAUAUUACAUAACAUACACUGUGUGUGCUCAUCUGUGCAUCUUGCUAACAGAAGAUUCUCCUCAUUCCAGAACACUGACAUUGAGAUUUUUGCUUAAUGUUGUGUAAAUUAAUUAUUUAAUAUUUAACUUGUUCUUAAUCCUUUAAGAGGAGGGGAAAUGGUCAUUAGUGCCUUUCACUGACUACACUGUCUGCACAUGUCCAGCUUUCACCUUUCUCCACAGUUCUGCUUAGCCAGGCCUGUACAGAGGGAAAAACUGCUAGUCUGUAUAAUUUGUUUUUCUGUUUAUUGUUUUUUACUCUGUUUAUUUCUGACUAUUUCUUGUUUUAUUAAAGUUAAUUCAUUAUACUGUAUAUAUCAAUAUUGUGUCCCUGGAGCAUGUUCAUACCAUGAAAUAAAAUUAUUGAUUCCUAAUUCUA